AUGGGAGACUCGGCUAAUGGGAAAAAUUUGUUCGUAAAAAUGUGCGCAAUGUGUCAUACAAUUACCAAAGAUGGUAGUCACAAAGUAGGCCCGAAUCUGUAUGGAAUUGUUGGAAAAACCUGUGGUACUACUCCCGGUUUCAAGUACACCGAUUCUAUGAAAUCCAAAGGCAUUACAUGGGACGAGCACACAUUAGACGAAUAUUUGGAAUACCCUAUGAAGUAUAUACCAGGUACAAGAAUGGUGUUCAAUGGCAUUAAGAAACCCGAAGCCCGGAAAGAUAUAAUAGCUUACUUAUCAACAUUAAAAUAA